AGGUCUACUUCUCUGAAGUAAGAUGAGUUGUCAAAAAUUCUGUGUGGCUUUGUUGCAUUGGGAGUUUAUUUAUGUGAUAACUGCAUUUAACUUGGCAUAUCCAAUUACGCCCUGGAGAUUUACGUUGUCUUGCAUGCCAUCAAACAUGACCUAUGACUUCCUCUUGCCUGCUGGAAUGUCAAAGAACACUUCCAGUUUGAAUGGAAAUUAUGAGGCAGUUGUUGAAGCUAAAUUUAAUUCAAGUACCUACUUUGCUAACUUAUCCAAAACAACUUUCCAUUGUUGUUUUUGGAGUGACCAAGAUAAAAACUGCUCUAUACAUGCAGAUGGGAAGACAUUUGUUUCAAGGAUAAAUUCUUUAGUUUUUCAACAAAUAGGUGCAAACUGGAACAUACAGUGCUGGAUGAAGGGGGACUUGCAGUUAUUCAUUUGUUAUAUGGAGCCAUCACUUAAGAAUUCUUUCAAGAAUUAUGACCUUAAGGUCCAUCUUUUAUAUAUUCUGUCUGAAGUAUUAGAAGAUUUAUCUCUACUCCCCCAGAAAGACAGUUUUAAGAUUGUUCAGUGCAACUGCAGUGUUCAUGAAUGUUGUGAAUGUCACGUGCCUGUGCCAAUAUCCAAACUCAACUAUACUUUUCUUAUGUUUUUGGAUAUCACAUCUGGUGGAGUGACUUUUCAGUCACCUCUAAUGUCAGUUCAGCCUAUAAAUAUCGUGAAGCCUGAUCCACCAUUAGGUUUGCAUAUGGAAAUCACAGACAAUGGUAAUUUAAAUAUUUCUUGGUCCAGCACAACAUCAGUGCCAUUUCAACUUAAAUAUCAAGUGAAAUAUUCAGAAAAUUCUACAACCAAGGUAAAAGAAGUUGCUGAGAUGGUCUUAGCUACGUCCCUGCUAGUAGACAGUGUACUUCCUGGGUCUUCAUAUGAGGCACAGGUGCGGGGCAGGAGACUGGAUGGCCCAGGAAUCUGGAGUGACUGGAGCACUCCACAUAUCUUUACCACACAAGAUGUCAUAUACUUUCCACCUAAAAUUCUGACAAGUGUGGGGUCUAAUGUUUCUUUUCACUGCAUCUAUAAAAAUGAAAACAAGAUUGUGUCUUCCAAAAAGAUUGUUUGGUGGAUGAAUUUGGCUGAGAAAAUUCCUCAAAGCCAGUAUAAUGUUAUGAGUGACCGUGUUAGCAAAGUUACUCUUCCCAAUUUGAAUGCAACCAAACCUCGAGGAAAGUUCACCUAUAAUGCAGUGUACUGCUGCAAUGAGCAUGAGUGCCACCAUCGCUAUGCUGAGCUAUAUGUGAUUGAUGUCAAUAUCAAUAUAUCCUGUGAAACUGAUGGGUACUUAACUAAAAUGACUUGCAGAUGGUCAACCAAUACAAUCCAAUCACUUGUGGGAAGCACUUUGCAGUUGAGGUAUCAUAGGAGCAGCCUUUACUGUUCUGAUUUCCCAACAAUUCAUCCCAUAUCUGAACCCAAAGAUUGCCAUUUGCAGAGAGAUGGUUUUUAUGAGUGCAUAUUUCAACCAAUCUUUCUAUUAUCCGGCUAUACAAUGUGGAUUAGGAUCAAUCACUCUUUAGGUUCACUUGACUCUCCGCCAACAUGUGUCGUUCCUGAUUCUGUGGUGAAACCGCAGCCACCAUCUAGUGUGAAAGCAGAAAUUACCGUACACAUUGGAUUAUUAAAAGUGUCUUGGGAAAAGCCAGUCUUUCCAGAGAAUAAUCUUCAGUUCCAGAUUCGCUAUGGCUUACGUGGAAAAGAAGUACAAUGGAAGACAUAUGAGGUGUAUGAUGCAAAAUCAAAAUCUGCCAGUCUUGUGGUGUCAGACCUGUGUGCAGUCUAUGCUGUCCAGGUGCGCUGUAAGAGGCUAGAUGGGCUGGGAUAUUGGAGUAAUUGGAGUAAUCCAGCCUACACAGCUGUCAUGGAUAUAAAAGUUCCUAUCAGAGGACCUGAAUUUUGGGGAAUAAUUAAUGAAGAUGCUACUAAAAAAGAAAAAAAUGUCACCUUACUUUGGAAGCCACUGACAAAAAAUGACUCAUUGUGUAGUGUGAGAAGAUACGUGGUGAAACAUCAUACUUUGCUCAAUGGAACAUGGUCAGAAGACAUGGGAAACCACACUAAGUUCACUUUCCUGUGGACAGAGCAAGCACAUACUGUUACAAUUGUGGCCAUCAAUUCAAUUGGUGCUUCCUUUACGAAUUUUAAUAUAACAUUCUCAUGGGCUAUGAGCAAAGUAAACAUGGUGCAGUCACUCAGUGCUUAUCCUUUAAACAGCAGCUGUGUGAUUCUUUCCUGGGUGCUAUCACCCAGCGAUUACAAUCUAAUGUAUUUUAUUGUCGAGUGGAAAAAUCUUAAUGAAGACAAUGAAAUUAAAUGGAAUAGAAUCCCUUCGUCUGUUAAGAAGUAUUAUAUACAUGAUCAUUUCAUCCCCAUUGAGAAGUAUCAGUUCAGUCUGUACCCAGUAUUUAUGAAAGGAGUGGGAAAACCGAAGAUAAUUCAUGGUUUCACCCAAGAUGAUAUUGAAAAACACCAGAAUGAUGCAGGUCUAUAUGUAAUUGUGCCAAUAAUUAUUUCCUCUUCAGUCUUACUGCUUGGAACAUUGUUAAUAUCACAUCAAAGAAUGAAGAAGCUGUUUUGGGAAGAUGUUCCAAACCCCAAGAAUUGCUCCUGGGCACAAGGACUUAAUUUUCAGAAGAGAACGAACAUUCUUUGAAGUCUAAUCAUGAUCACUACAGAUGAAUCCAAUGUACCAACUUCCCAACUCUAGAGUAUUAGAAGAUUUUUACAUUUUGAAGAAGGGGAUCAAAUCUAAAAACAGUUUUGGUUGAACUAUUGAGAACUAAAAUAUGGUGGGAUUAUGAUGAUUUGGGACUUAAAAUAGGUUUGUAAAUUUGGGGUCAAGAUAUAGGUCUGAGUUCAGUUCAGUUUGGAUGUAUGAUUAAUUUUCGGGUCACCUAAAGUUUAAAGAGUAAUACUCAUGAUUUUGUGGCUUGAGAUUUAUCAUUUUUCUGCUCAUAAAACAUUAAAAAAUAUUUAUGACUGUUGCUGUCAUCGCAUAUCCUUUAGAUAUUAUCAAGUAUGUCAUAGGUAAUGCUGUGACCCCAAAGAUGAACCCCCAAACUGCAAAUGCUGACAUAUAACUUUGCAAAUGUAAUGGCUUUUUAGCACCAGAGUGCAACGGGAGAAUUUAGUUUCUGUUUUUAUGUCCCAGUUUUUCUGUCUUACGUUCCUUAUAGAUACUAAAUUGAUCCAUUUGGGUAUUCUUUUGAAUGUUUUGUAGCUUUUAUUUGUAUUUAACUUUGGUCAAUUCGAAAAUUUCUGUUUUCAAUAGCCUUGAAAAUGGCUUAAGUGCUAACUUCCAUUUAAGUUCAAAGAAAGCCAGAAUUAUGGUUUGUGCUGGUCACAGGCCAGUAGAAGUUACAGUUCCUAUCAGGAUGACCCUACACACCCAGGUCAGAUUGACCAGAUCAGGAAAGAACAGCCUCCAACCCAGUCUCCUUUGAAAUCCUUGCCUAAAUCUAAUUUAUUUCCACUGAACCACCCAAGACUCUGGCACACAGGAGAGCGAACAGUGAUGUAAGGAAGGGAGACUCUUUGGAGCUUUUAGAAAUAGUUCAUGGUGAGGACAGGAUUUUUCUCUCCGAAAAAAAGACUGCCUACUUGUUCUAUGAAUUCGGUGUACUAAAUGUACUGUGUUGCUCGUAUUCAAACCAAACCAAAGCUUCUGUUUGAUGAAUCCUAAUAAUUUUCAAAUCCAUAUAUAUAAGUCACUUACACUGGGCUUUUAUUCAUAGUUUUAUUUGAAUGUUUUAAAAAAAAAACAAACUUGACAACAGGAGAGCAUGUCAUUUUUUCCCCCUCAUUGACUAUUAAUAGAUGCCACUGGAAUGGGAAAUCAAAGUGUGAAAUUAUGAAAGGAUAUUCUUUAAAUCCUAUCAGCUGAAUGCAUAUUUAAUAUGUGUCAAGGCUGUUCUUCUAAAAUCUCAAAAAAAAUUAGGUGUGGAUAAUGAUUGAAGUUAUUUUUUUAAAGAGAAUACUUUUAAUAAAGGUUUAUGACCCAUUUAUAUUUCAAUAAUGUAUGGGUGUGUGAUUUCUUAUUAAUUAUUAGUGAAAUCUCCCAUUUGGAUUCAUUUGAAGACAUUUGGUUUCUUUCAAUUAAUUCCAAAUAUGAAGCUUUAGAAAGCAUAAAAUAUGUCAAGCACAUAAUUUGAAGAAUGUAUGUGUGCCUGACUAUCUACUAUGGUCUAUUUGUAUGUAAUUUUUGUUUUCAUACCAAUAGUAUGUAAUUCAUUUAUUUUAUGAUCUUAAUUUAUAAGUUAAGAUCAACUUCAUUUAAAUUCUAAGACCAUUCAGUGCAUAUAUGAUAGGAUCUUUAAGAAAAAACAAAAGUGAGCAAACAAGUAUCAUAAACCUAAUUAUAAAUCUUCAGGAAGAAAAUGGGCACAGAAAGCUUUCUUUUCAUACGUUACAUUCCUAGAGUGAUGAAAAAAAGUUGUAUUAACCCAGUAAUUCUCAUUAUGCAGUAUUUUAGCAUCUAUAUAAUUCUAUUACUAUUAUAUUUAGUUUUUGAUAUAUUUAUUCUUUUAUGGUUUUAAUCACUAAUAUAUUUCAUUUAAGAGUUUGAAACUAUGCUAAAUGAAUUGUAUUUUUAUAUGUAAUACAUUUGCCAUUAUGAAGGAUGGUUUGCUAUGCCAUUAUUUCAGGUAAUAAAUCCGAAUAUAUUGUAUUAGUUUUAAAAAUGUAAAUUUCAAAAAUUUUAUUUUAUAUAUGACAUAAAAUGAACCCAUUUUCUGUACUGCAUUGAGUUGGCUAGUUUUUUGUUGUUAUAUAGCGACAGUAUUUUUUAUUUUGCAUUUAUUUUUUCAGUGUGUUUAUGAUGUAUCAGUUGAGCUUUUUACACUUAGAUUCUUAAUUUGUAGCUGCUUGGCAGGAUUUUUGUUGUGAUGUAACCACUGUUCCUAUAAAAAAUAUAAUGUGCAUUUGUCUUGUGUAUUUGUCUUCAUUCCGCAUGUCCCAUACUGUAUAUUUUAUUUUGAAGUUAUUUAUAAGUAAUAGUAACUUACAAGUCUGUGAUCAUCUCUUUCACCAUCAUUGUUUUCAACAAAUAAUUUAUAUUCUUAUUUUCAGAUAGCCUAAAGCAAAUUCUCAA